CAUACAUUUCUCCUUAAUAUACCCCCAAUGCAGCGGUCCAGUGACGGCGAUAUUGCGCAGGUCGGUUCAGCAGAGCCCGCUACGGGCCUACGCCUAUGCACCAGUACAGCACGGAGAGCGAAUUAUUCAAAGGGACGCCAAAAUUCACCCGUGUCGAGCCUAAGGGAAAGCGGCCAAGCAAGCCCGACUCUGUCCAUGCCGCACGGAACGAAUGGGGGUCGACUGGGCGUGUUGAGUUGAAUUCGACAAAUUUGCGGCGACUGGCUACGAUGGGUGUGCUGGCAGUUGCUGGGCUGGGGCUUGUCGGCGUGGCCACAUACUACGGUAGCACAUACUACUAUCUGUGCUCUCGCUGGCCGGUGCCCGCCGAGAUUUCCGAUUCGAAUACGAGGAAUCUGCUUUAUCUGGCUACAUACUAUGAGCAGCUGGCACCCGAUUACGAUAAGGCACUGCAGGCGCUGGAAAAGGCGCUGGAGCUUAUCAAGAAGCACGGCAAGCUGCCCAUGGUCUCGCCGACUGUAGUUGAGCUCAAAAUCCGUAUAGCCGAGUGCCUUGUCAAGCUGGGCGAGUCUGGAAAGGUUCCAGAGCUGAUGGCUCCGGUGCAGGAGUACCUGAGUUGCACCGCCAGCGAUCCUAGCGACAAGGAUCCAAUUAGCACCUGCAUGUUGAUGUACCGCGUGUCGGUGGCAAUUGGUGAUGCCAAUAUGGAGUCAGGAGUGUUCAGUGGUGCUAGGAAAUCCUAUGGCUUAGGACUUGCGGCAGUGAAGGAUAUGAAAAAGCUGCUAUCUCAGCAGUUCAAGGGCGAGUAUCUGGACAGCUAUACAACGCUCGAUCAGAUCAACCUGAAGGAGGCAGAGCUCAGCAUGCGGUUGGGAGAGGCAUUCCACCGCGGCGGCGAUAUUGAUACUGCGGAGACGCUAUUCAAAGGAACACUGUACGCAACCAAACAGCAUUAUGCGCAGCUGGACCUGACGCCGCGCGUUGUGGUCGAUAUGCGCACAUUUGUCGACGGCUGGGCGGAUCGCGCACGCGAACUCGCCAAGUCCCAAGACAAGGCCAAGCAGGCGCCAUGCGUUGCAUGCUACUCGCAGGUGCUGGCGCAGCUGGGGCAGAUAGCCGAGAGGCAGGGGGAUCAGACUAAGGCGCUGCGUCGAUUCAGAGAAGCGUACGAGCAUGCACGGCUGAACUUUGCCGGCGAUUUGGACAGGAUAUGCUGCAGAG